GUCUCUACAAUGGUAGUCUUCAACCAUUCCGGCUUCCUGACCUUCAGCCUGAUGGGCAUACCUGGCUUAGAGUCGCAGCACUUGUGGCUCUCGCUUCCUUUUUCCUCCAUGUUCUUUGCUAUCCUCAUUGGCAAUGGUGCUAUCCUCUUUCUGGUGGCCACAGAGCCCACACUUCACACCCCAAUGUAUCUGCUCCUGGCCCUGUUGAUGUUGGCUGACCUCAUUUCCUCUCUGGCUCUAGUGCCCAAGCUCCUCUGCCUCUUCUGGUUCAAUGAUCGAGAUAUAGCCUCCAAUGCCUGUUUCACUCAGAUGUUUUUCAUCCAUGGAGCAUCAGUGGUACGAUCAGCCCUACUUGUUGCAAUGGCUUUUGAUCGCUUUGUGGCUGUGUGUCAGCCAUUACGCUACAACACAAUUCUGAGCCAUUCCCUAGUUGGACGCCUAGGGCUGGUGGCUCUGUCCAAAGGUGUGAUUCUUAUUCUGCCCAUGCCUCUUCUACUUCAAAGGCUGACUUUCUGCCAUAUAAUCAUUCCCCAUACUUAUUGCGACCACAUGGCUGUGGUAAAAAUGGCUUGUAGUCACACCAGACCCAACCGUAUCUAUGGGCUUUUUGUGAUCCUGCUUGUUGUAGGACUUGAUCUGCUGCUCAUUGGCUUCUCUUAUAUCCUAAUUCUACAAGCUGUGGUACGCCUCAACUCUCAAGAUGCCAUCUACAAAGCCCUCAACACCUGCUCAGCACACCUCUUUGUCAUCCUUGUCACUUAUGUGCCUGCACUCUUUUCCUCUAUCACCCACCGCAUUGGUCAUAAUAUCCCACCUCAUACCCAUAUUCUUCUUGCCAAUCUCUAUCUUCUUCUACCAUCAAUGCUCAACCCCAUCAUUUAUGGAAUAAAGAUGAAGGAAAUAAGGGAAAAGGUAGCCAAAUAUCUGUGCAGAUAA